UGUCCCCCUUCCAUUUCCAUUACAUGCAACUAUGUCUUUCAAUGGUUUCGGUAUCACAGUCAAACUUUUUUCUGAAAGAAUAAGAGACCCACAGCCGUGGAUUAGACUUUUCCUUGAUCUGUUACAUUCCACAAUCUACAUUUUGCUCUGAGUCUCCGGCAUACUUAUGCGGAUGUCUGUUUUCAAGUCCAACAGCAACUUACCUUUGCAUUCUUGUAUUACUAGUCUCUGAAUUGAAAUACAAGUAUGGUUUUAAGGUAUGAACAAAAAAGAAGUGUUCAAGAGUGUUGCUGAUAUGAAACAACAUUUGCUUGUUCCCUUGAGCAUCAAAUAAUUAGGUAACAAGAAUGCUAGAAGUGUAUGCAACUUGGAAGUGCGUAAUUUGUUAAACUUGAAAGUACUAGCAUCCUUUAAUUUGGAGAAGUACAGUACAUACUCUGAUGUUCUUUUUUGUUUGCUAGUUAUUCUAUCAUUUUUGACUUACAAAUGGCACAGGCAUUCUUUGCUUAUGGUUGUUCAGCUUAUUGCCUCUUACUUUGUUUUUAGGCUCUGUUUGUGGAGUUGACCAGAAAAGCUGCUAGUCUAGCAAGUGAGAAUGAGAAUCUGAAGAGGGAGAAGGUGGCGGCUUUGGAAGAAUAUGAUUCUUUGAAGAGAACAAAUAAAUGCUUAAAAGCACGGAUGGCGGAGACAGUUAAGGCAGGAGUAGAGGAAACUCGGGUUGAUUCAAAGCCAGCCAAUGUCAAGAUACCUACUUCCUCAUAUGCCAAUUGCCCAUAUCUCGUCUUCAGUCAACCCCCAUUCUCACCAUUUCCCUGGCCUCAUAUCAUUCCAUCUUCAAAUCCAGUUCAAUUGAACAGUCUCUCUCAAAAUGCCAUUUUUGUGCCAUCGGAAGUCCCCAUGCCAUCCAUAGCCAAACCUGACGUAUGUCAUGAACCAGAAAAUCCGAUGAAGGUUAACGGUCAAGGAACUCCCUUCUGUGUUGUGCCAUACCCUUGGUUCUUCCCUAUUCCUGAUCAUGGGGAUGGACUCAACCUUCGGCCUUCCAUUGACCUGAAUAAUGAACAAACUGGAAAUUCCAACGAUAACCUGUGUAGUGCUAGUCCAUCUUCCAACAUUAUUGUACAUGAAGAGAAGAAUCCCGUACAAGCUAAACCAGAAGCUUCUAGUAAAAAGAAUGAUGGUGCUGCUGAAGCAGCAGAAGCCAGGAGGAAAAGGAAGGAACUCAUAAAGCUAAAGCGUUUGCAUUGCCUCUAGAACUUUCACAAGUUAUUGAGCUUUUCAGGCCAGGAUUUGGAUGGUGAACUAGGUUCUUCCCGAGGUGUUGCCUGUGAUUGGCAUUUGCAAAGGCAGAGGACUGAGAACUCCAUUGUUAAGUUCUUAACCAUGGAGGGUUUGACAGAAUGAGGGACCGGUUUUGUAAUUAAGGUUUGUUUAUCUACUGUAACGUUCUCUUGCUGUUCCACCCCUUUUCACUUUCUCGUAGGACGCUUUAGGUAUAGCUGGUUAGUAGAAGUCUUGCUAGAGUGUAUAAUAUUGCUUGCUUGGCAAAAUCAGAGUUUUGAGAGUCAUAGGAACUAUACUUCGAUUGUGAGUGUUCUUUUUUUCUCUGAGUUGUUCACAACUUUGUAACAAAGGGUGUCAGUAUUUUUUUUUACCCAAGUAUUGUGACAUUUCAAGUUUUGUAAUGCUUUGAUUUUGGGGAAGGGUGGC